UUCUUCCUUCUUUUCCACCAUCAGACCAAUAUUAUCGUUUCACAGUUGAUGUCAGUAUCGCGCCUUGAAAUUGCAACAUGGGAUCGAAAAGCCCCGAAGGCCACCAGCAGACUCCUGAUGGCUCCAACUCCUCCAAGCUCAAGCCUGCCAAUCCCAACCCUAAGCCUUCCCGCAAUGGCUCCCAGUCGGCCGAUUUGGAUGGCGGAAAUCUCGGCGAUGACGAUGACGAUGACGGUGAAGCGAACGAAGAAGUGGAAGUGAAGACCUCCGCUGCGAAUGCUGACAAGAAAAAGAAACGCAAGAGGUCCAAGAAGAAGACCAAGAAAGCAACCCUGCCACUCAAGCAAUCGAAUCCUCCCCGUGUGCUGGUUUCGACUCUCUUCCCAUCGGGAUAUCCCAUUGGGGAGUGCGUGCCUUACAAGGACAAUAAUACCUCUCGCACUACGGACGAAGAAUUGCGUUAUAACUCACGUCUUUGGGAUAAUGGAUUCCUCGACGAGUACCGUCAAGCCGCCGAGAUUCAUCGUCAGGUUCGCCAGUACGCCCAGAAUGAGCUCAUCAAACCCGGCGCGAGUCUCACUACAAUUGCUGAGGGCAUUGAGGACGGGGUCCGCGCCUUGUCUGGCCACCAGGGACUUGAACCCGGAGACGGUUUCAAGGCGGGAAUGGGGUUUCCUACUGGGUUGUGCUUGAACAAUGUUGCAGCCCAUUGGACGCCAAAUCCUGGUGCCAAGGAUGUAUUUCUGGAUGAGAGUGAUGUGCUGAAAGUUGACUUUGGCGUUCAUGUCAACGGCCGUAUCGUCGACUCGGCCUUCACUGUGGCUUUCGACCACACGUACGACAACCUCCUGACGGCUGUGAAGGAGGCGACUAAUACCGGCAUCAUGCAUGCUGGCAUUGACGCCCGAGUGAGUGAAAUCGGCGCGGCGAUCCAGGAAGUCAUGGAAAGCUACGAGGUUGAGGUUGCCGGAAAGACCUAUCCUGUGAAAGCCAUCCGGAAUAUUACCGGGCACGAUAUUCUUCGGUAUAAUAUUCAUGGUGGCAAACAGGUCCCGUUCAUCAAGAAUAACAGGCCGGACAAGAUGGAGGAGGGUGAAGUCUUCGCCAUCGAAACAUUUGGAAGUACCGGCAGAGGCGUUCUCCACGAUGAUGUGGGCGUCUAUGGCUACGGCAGAAACACCGAUGUCUCCGGUGCAAACCUGCGUCUUUCCUCUGCCAAGAAUCUUCUCAAGACUAUCGACGCCAAUUUUGGAAGCCUUGUCUUCUGCCGUCGGUACCUUGAGCGUCUCGGGGUGGAGAAAUACCAUCUUGGGAUGAGACAUUUGAUUGAUAAUGGUAUUGUCGAAUACUAUGAGCCGCUUGUUGAUGUGAAGGGUUCAUACACGGCUCAGUUUGAACACACUAUCCUGCUCCACAGUGGUGGAAAGGAAGUGAUUAGUCGUGGUGACGACUACUAAGCUUUAGGCUCGGUUGAAGCUACAUCUUUGCCGUGACUAAGGCAGGUCGUGGCUCGGUCUACUUGUUGGUUGAUUUUACAUUGUGCACAGUCGCUAUCUACAACUGUGCGGCCUGCUCUCUGUCAUGAGGCAAACAUCUAUGCACUCUUUGGGAUGUCAUAAGAAGAGAUCCGGGUGUAUAUGUUCGUUGUGACAUGUCUCUCUUUCCAGGCCCAUAUUCUUUUGCCGUCUAGCUACUGAAUAUACGUUCAGUGCAUCAAAUGAUUUCUGUUAUCGGG